GAGUCCGCAGUGCGCUGGUGGUAUUCUACUCCCUGGAGUGUAGUGAUCUUGGCGAACGUGGGGGGAGGCUGCUGCAGGCCAAGAGGAGAAGAUAGCUGAUGACACACCCGUGAGUGAAAUGAUCUGCAGACUGAUUCACAUAUAAUAACAAAAACCAGUUCCCUCCCUGGUUUCCGGCCUUCCUUCCACUGUUUCCGCCCCCCGUUCUUUUUCCCACCUUCAAAACAAUCCCAUUCCACUCCCCUGUGGCAACGAAAAAUCCUUUUCCCCUUCCCCUCUCUUCCUUUCCCUCCUAUUUAAAUCUCCCUCCUUCCCCCUCCUUCUCCGCUUCCCCUCUCGCUAGGGUUUGAGGUGAUUGGCCCAGGAAUUGUCCUUCCGUCGGCGCUAGGGGUGGGGGUUCUUCUCUUCGAUCUGAGGAUCCUACUUUUUUCGCUCCAGAUUCCGCUGAUCACGUGGUAAAUUGACGUUGCAACGAUGGAUCUGAAGGAAAAUAAUAAGUUUCUGGGCGCUGGUCUUCUAUUUGUUGCGACCAUUGUCUUUGUGAAGCUUGUUUGUAGCGCUCUGGUGCGGAGGUCCAAGAAACGUCUGCCGCCAACUGUGAAGGCGCUGCCAGUCGUCGGAGGGCUGCUCCGGUUCAUGAAAGGCCCGAUUGUGAUGAUCAGAGAGGAGUACAAGAAGCUCGGGAGUGUCUUCACGGUGAAUGUGCUGAAGUGGCGCAUCACCUUCUUCAUUGGCCCUGAGGUCUCAGCGCAUUUCUUCAAGGCCCCAGAGGCGGAUCUCAGCCAGCAGGAGGUUUACCAGUUCAACGUGCCUACUUUUGGGCCUGGGGUUGUGUUUGAUGUGGAUUACUCGGUCAGGCAGGAGCAGUUCAGGUUUUUCACCGAGGCGCUGAGGGUGACCAAACUGAGGAGUUAUGUGGAUCAGAUGGUUAUGGAGGCCCAGGAUUACUUCUCAAAGUGGGGAGAAAGUGGCACAGUGGAUUUAAAAUAUGAGCUAGAGCAUCUCAUCAUUUUGACAGCAAGCCGAUGCCUGUUGGGGAGGGAGGUCAGGGACAAGCUCUUUGAUGAUGUAUCUUCUCUCUUCCAUGACCUUGACAACGGCAUGCGUCCCAUCAGCGUAAUUUUCCCCUACCUUCCGAUCCCUGCUCACCGUCGCCGUGAUCGUGCUCGUGCUAGGAUUGCUGAUAUCUUUUCCACCAUCAUAAACUCCCGCAAGAGAUCUGGCCAAUCUGAAGAUGAUUUGUUACAGUGCUUCAUUGACUCAAGAUACAAGGAUGGCCGCCCAACCACUGAGGGUGAGAUCACUGGGCUGCUCAUUGCUGCCCUCUUUGCUGGUCAGCACACCAGUUCCAUCACCUCUACCUGGACUGGAGCUUACCUCCUCCGCCACAAGGAAUACCUCUCAGCAGCUUUGGAAGAGCAGAAAGAUAUUUUGAGGCGACAUGGGAAUAAAAUCGACCAUGAUAUCCUAUCAGAGAUGGAUGUGCUCUACCGCUGCAUCAAGGAAGCUUUGAGACUUCAUCCUCCACUGAUAAUGCUGCUCCGCUGCUCGCACAGCAACUUCACCGUGAAGACAAAGGAGGGGAAAGAGUAUGAUAUUCCAAAGGGCCACAUUGUGGCAACUUCCCCAGCUUUUGCCAACCGCCUACCCCAUAUCUACAAGGACCCAGACAGCUAUGAUCCUGAUAGAUUUGCUCCUGGAAGGGAGGAAGACAAGGCUGCUGGGGCAUUCUCGUACAUUUCUUUUGGGGGUGGUAGGCAUGGGUGUCUAGGGGAGCCCUUUGCCUACUUGCAGAUAAAGGCGAUAUGGAGCCAUUUGUUGAGGAACUUUGAGUUUGAGUUGAUUUCACCCUUCCCUGAGAAUGACUGGAAUGCCAUGGUGGUGGGGGUCAAGGGGGAGGUGAUGGUGCGUUACAAGCGGAGGAAGCUGUCCAUUGACAACGGACGAGAUGUUUGAUGAUUGGUAAUUAUGGCUUGCUGUUUCUCUUCAACAACCCCAGGUGACUUUAUGCUUCAUUUUUUUUUUUCCUCACUGGGGUCUAGCGUCUAGCUUUUAGAAAAUGAUUAUCUGUAGCUGUUUCUGUUUCAAGAAGUGUAUGCUUUGUGUUUGUGAUCUGUGUGCUAUGGCCUGACUCAUGGAGCUAUUAUUGUCCAAGACUUCACUGAUGCUUUGCAGUAAUUAUUGGCUGGCAGCUUUCUUGUUGAUACAUACUUUGAGUACUUGGGCCAACAUUUCUAGAUA